AUGUUGCAAGUUCUUAAAUUGCAGUCUAGCAGUUUCUAUGGCCCCAUCGAACCCCCUCGAACCUCUGAAGGAUUCCUAAAGCUGUCACUAAUUGACCUCUCUUCCAAUAGAUUUACAGGUAAUUUGCCAGCUGAAUACUUUGGACGCUUGAAGGAAAUGAUGUCCACAAAUGUAGAUACUACAUCAGAACGAUAUUACAAUGUUGAAGAUUUCUACUAUAAAGAAUCAGUCACGUUCGGAGGGAGGGAAAUAAUUAUUCAGGGAUUCAUGUUGUCCUCCGUAGUAGCUCUGGAUCUUUCCAACAACAGAUUCCAUGGGGAGAUACCAAAAGUGAUUGGAGAUCUCACAUCGAUUAGGGCUCUAAACUUGUCACACAAUAACCUAACAGGCCAAAUCCCAUCAUUGUUUGCAAACAUGUUAGAACUUGAAUCAUUGCAUCUCUCAUGUAACAAGCUUUCUGUGCGAAUCCCUCCAUAA